UGAAUAGCUUAAAUAUUUUGGCACUUAAAAUUAUUCUUUUUUACUAUAAAAAAAAAAUGUCUUUUGUGAACUAAUACUUAUCUAAUGUGAAUAAAUCAAUUUUUAAAGAUUUUUUGUACUCAAUUUUUGCUUUUUGGGCUUUUUUUUUUAAAAAUCUUUUAGAAAAUCCUUUAAAUAAAAAAUAUUUUCAAUAAAUGUAUUACAUCUUCGUCUUAAAUGUUUUAAAUAAAUGUCUAUACUAAAAAAAAAAGAACGCCACACACUAGAUAGAAAGGAACUUAAAACGUUUUAAGAUAAACUCUGUCCUACAGCUAGAACUAUCGUUGAACUUCAAAAUAAACGUUUAACCUUUUUUUUCAAUCUUUUUAAACACACGUCACACGUUAGAAUUAACCCAUGGAGGAUUUUGCUGGCUAAAGUGACCAAUUAGACUUCUUUUUUUUAAAUCGUCACAGAAUAAAAUCUCUUAAAAAUAUCGUGAUAAUUUCUAUAUCUGUGUAUAGGGAAGUUCCAUUACUUCAAGAUCGUCGAAAGAAAAAUUGGAAAAAUAUUUUCUUUUAAUAGAAAAUCAAGGUCAAACUUUUGAGGUUAGAAACCUCUAUUCUCCAAGUGUUAAUAAACAAAAAAAAGAUAAAGGAAAAAUAAGAAUCGGUUGAACACGAAUAUUAAACUUAGGAAAAAAGCACAACCUAAAGGUUCUCUUAAAACGGUUUUAAUAAUCUCAUCAGUCAGUAAGCAGAUUGAUUCUUUAACACUUGGAGGACAAAACUGGUAAUCGAUGCCAAUUUGACUAUUUUAAACCGCCAUAGAUUAAAAUCUAUCCAAUUUAUUUUGAUAAAUUCUGCAUCUAUGUAUAGGCGACUUCAAAUACUAGAAUUUCAUCAAAAGAAAAUCUGGAAAAACGUUUUCUUUAUAAUAGAAAAUUAAGCUCAAAGUUUGAGGUUAGAAAUUCGUGUCUUCCAAGUGUUAAAUCAUUCUUUUUAAUUACUUAAAUUAUUUUUAUAAUAUUUAUAGAUUUUAUUUAUAAAUUUUUAUUUAUUUAUUUAUAAAUGAUUAGGUACUAAAAACACAAGGGGUGUUUAUCUGCCGAAUAUAUUGACUAUUUUGGCGAUAAAUUCGUAGAUUAGUGAAUAAUCACAAUAUUUCCAAAGAUCUGAAUAUUCUUAUUUUCAGCUAGAAUUGAGUAGGUACUUAUUCGCCUUAAAUUUAGUACUUUUUCAGUCUAAAAUUAGUACUUUUUCCUAUUGAAUUUAGAACGUUUUCAGUUAGAAUUUACUAUAUUUUUUGGCUAGAAUUUAGUAUGUUUCCGAUUCGAAUUGAGUGCUUUUAAUAAUUGAAUUUACUUCUUAAAAUUGAAUUAAAAAAAAAUACUAAAUUCAAGUCAAAAAAGUACUAAAUUCAAUAAUUAAAAGUACUAAAUUUUAUCCAAAAACAUAGUAAAUUCUACCUAAAAAAAGUAUAAUGAAUACAAGGAAUACAGUGGGAAAAAAGUACUAAAUUUAAGUCUAUAAAAUACUAAAUUUAAUUUUACUUCUUCGACUAGAAUUUAGUACUUUUUAGGCUUUUACUCCUCAGUCUCUACCAAUUUAAGACUAAAAAUAAAGAAAUAUUCGUCUGCUGAAUAUUUUGAUUUCUUUGGCGAAUCAUCUGAAUAAUUUUAAUGUUUUUAUUCGGAUAAACAUUCCUUGUUAAAACAUGCCCUAUCUCAGAGAUUUUAAUUUACGCCUCUGCAAUUUAUAUAAAAAUAGUUUUGUUUGAAGAAAACCUAUUUUAUAAACUUUGUAGUCCACAUUAGAUAAAUCAGCGUUCACAAAAGACAUAAAUAAAAUAUCAAUCGAGUGCCAAAGUAACAUGAGCUUUUUACUAAUUCUCUGCCUCAUCCUCAUGCUGCUGGGUUUGUUCCUUUCCGUCGUAAAAAAAAAAUAAAUGUUGUGAAAUUAAUAAAUUCUUCGUGCGAAAAAAAAUCGCGUAAAGAAGCAGAAAUAUCCCAGCAACGUUUGCGUAUGCAACAAUUGCAUCAGCAGCAAUUGCACUUCUUUGCAACGAAUAGAAGUUACUACGAGCAUUAUGAUUCAGGCGGCUCCGAGGAGAGCCUCAAUAGGUAUUUAUUUAAUACGGAAUGUAUGCCUGUGAUGCAGCAGGAACGCUGUGGAUCCCCAUCGUAUUCCCUACGCUACGGGGAUCGCUAUGGGGAUCACUAUGAUCCGUAUGGGCGACGGAGGAGUUCGUCGUCGUCGCAUGAGGAUUUACUGCUAAAUCCGAAUUUUCAGCAGAAAAUUCACAUUGAUCCACGGUACCGUGAUACAAGACCAAUAGCUAGCAAUAGUUCCCUAAAUCGGGAUUUUGAGGCACCACCGAUGAUCUAUGUGGAGGAGUACAGUGAUGAUGUGGUGAGGAAUGACAAUGAUAGCCUUUCGGGGAAUUCGGACAAUCGUUCGGCGGAAUCAGUGCAAAAUCAGCCACUAAAUGAGGAUAGUUUGGCAUCGUGUGUUGAUAGUGAUGAUAUACCCUUUAUUGAUGACGACAAUACUCCCCCAUCCGUCCAUGCAGCCUACCUCCCACCGUCCAGUAGUUCACAACCUGAUGUUCGUCAAAUGGGGGCUGUUUCCAAGAGUCCGGGUAUCAUUGUCAAGAAUCGCCGGGAUAGUGGUGCGAGUUGUCGCAAAACGGUUAGUUUUGACAUUAUUAACGACGAUGAGGAGACUCUACCACUCUUGGUGGCAUCAGGUGCUACAAGCAAUAACGCAAUGACCACUGAUGGCAAUAAUGUGUGUGUGAAUGUCCGUAAAUCGAGUACAUGUGAUUAUUUGAGGAAUAAUGGGGAGAAGGUUCAAGUAUCACCACCAAUUGGUGGUUACAGUGCGGAUGUUGUUCCAAUGGUUGUGGAGCGAGAGCAAGAGGAGCCAAUGAGCGUUGGGAAGCGGAUGAAGAAGAAGUGUUCAGGGACCAAGGAGUCAAUUUUGAAGUUUUGCAAACUGAAAAAGUGGCAAAACUGUGAUCAACAUGGCUUUACAGCGGCACCAUCAACAUCAACAACGGGUGAUAUUGCAAAUGGUGAUGAUGUUGGUGGGAGAGAAGAUAAUUUUAGUAUUUAUUUUGAUAAGGAUGGGGAUCAGCUGGCAGCAGUGCCGACACCAUCUAACACAUCGGGACCACAUAUUGAUCUCAGUGACAUGACCCUGGAUCUAUCUGGCAUUCAUUCGGAUUCAACGACAACGAGCCAAUCACCCGGUGGUGGUGAUGAUCCAAGCCGACAAAGUGUGGCGGCAGCAGCAACGACGGAGGCUGCAAUAAAUCGGCUACGAUUGCGUUUUAUGCGACACUCACCACCACCUGGCAUUGACUACGAUCGUGUAAUUGAGCGAAAGAAUGUUGGUCAUCGUGUUGUGUGGUCCACAACGGCACCAUAUCACGAUGAUGUGAUCCUGGGGAAUGGAAAAGUGCGCGCUCUUACGAAAUAUUUUGAUUUUCUCCACGAUACCACCGGGUAUAGCCCGACAAAAAGCAAUAACCACUCACGUCAUCGUCUAAGUCAAUCCCAUCCCAAUUUGCAACAUAUCGACACCAUCACCCAAUCAUCCACAACAACAUCAACCCCCAAGAAGGGGAAACUGAGUGAAGCUGAACGCGUGGAUGUUAUGCUACAGCUAAGGGAAUGGAGUAAGUUUGGCACACAAACACCCCCGCCCAAGUACACGUGCACCCUCCACUGUCGUGUUGACAAGUGCUCAGCAUCGGUGAUUAAUCUCAUGGCUGAGGAGUACGGCAAGUGCCCCCAUAUGGAUGAGAUAUUCAAUCGUAUUGACAAUGUUCCACCUCCCAAUCGCUUUAAGAGUGUCCCCAACAUUGCCACCUAUCACCCGGGUCAGUGUCCCUCGCGUACCCACAAGAAAUUCCCCGAUGCCUACAUUGUGAUGAAGAAACGCCCAACUGCAUGUUGCACCGGUGGUAGCAUUGGGAAGGGCAUGACGGGUCGACCGAUUCGUAUUCAGAGUUGCCCAGACUUGCCGGGGGCACCGCAGCCACCAACCUUCAUGACUCUGCGACAGAUUAAGAAUCGGCAGGCGAGCAAGGCACAAAAGCAUGCAAAUGGUGCCUAUGGGGUCGAUGGGAGGCACAAUAUUCCCAGAUUUUAUUCAAGAUGACCCACUAUGGCUUCCCUGCUGAUGCUGUAAUGUGAAACAUUUUGUCCUAACCUCACCUUUUCGUUGUUUCAUGCACAAAAUCAAUUCUUUCAAAAAAAAAUUGCAUGAUUGUCUCUGUUUCUCUUUAUUUAUUACUUAAAAAAAAAUGUUUUUCUUUCCAGUCUCUUUGGGGUUGAUUCUGUUUAAAAUAUUUUCUUUUCUUACAAAUUUUGAAUAUUUGCAUUUUUUUUGACGUUCAGUGAAACAAGAAAUAUGUCAGAUUUAACCCUUUAGCGUUUUUUGUGUCAUACGUUGACCCAAACAUGAAACAUUUUAUUUUUCCAAUUAUCUGUGAUUCUUUCGAAGUUUUAUUAUAAAUAAAAUUGUUUUUCCUAGUAAGAAGUAUAUGAAAUUCACGCAGAAGGAGUCGAAGAAGACGUUUUGCUUAAAAAAUGACCUUUAAAUUUGUUUAUAGAAUAAAUUUCGGGAUAAAAGAGCGCAUGUUUCAAUGUUUUUAUGUUUCACGUAGACGCGAAAGGGUUAAACGAAAACUGCGAUAUUUUACAUUUUUUGAGAUUGAAACAUGUUUUUAUCGGAACACUUUCACUCAAAACGUAUUCUUUGAUUUUAUUAACGUUAAAUAAAUCAUAUUUCUAACCUAAAAGAAACGACAAUUUUUAUUAAAAGUUAGUCAAAAUGUUUUAAAAGAACAGAAGAAAUAGAAAAUAUUGCCAUCAGAAUCAACCUAUAUUUAUAUUUGAUAUUUCUAUCAUUUCAAUGUUGUUGUUAUAAUUUAUUUUAAUAAAGUAAAUUAAUUUUCAAUU